AUGGAAAGUAUUCUGUUAAGAAAUGAGAAACUUGUUCGCGAAAAUGAGAAUCUGAAAAUAUCAAUGCGAUGCUUAAUCAAUGAAAACAAUCGACUAACAAGUAAUCUGCAAAGGACUGACAGCACCACUCCAGAGGGCACAACACUACCCAUUGGAUCACCCUCAUUCACCAGAGUCUCAAAUCAGCAGUCCAUCAUCAAUGAGGAGCAGUUCAAAGCAGGUUUACAGCCACAUCGCACAUCAUCUCCAGACAAUUUAAAAACAUUGUUUGAGAGCUUGAGUUACGUGGAAAGCAAAGACACAGGAUUUGGCAGUCAAGAUCAUCUGGGGUUCAUCAAAGAACAGCGUGAAAAACUGCUGGGAGAGAUUGCCUAUCAGUUAGACUGGAAAAUUCUUUGCUACAUUUUCCGAAGUAACAAGAGGUUCUAUGGAUACACCGUGACAAACAUACCCAGCAAGAUUACUGAGGUCAGCACGCAUCCUCUGACAGGAAAAGUGGACGAGGCUUAUAGACAUCACCUGAAUGAAAGAUAUGAAAAAAUCAAGGAAAUAUUGAGUAGAAAAGGGUACAAGAUCACGCUGCAUCCUCAGUUUUCCGAAUUUAUUGUGAACACGUAUGGGAUUCUGCAGACAAGACCUGCACUAGGAAGCUCACAGGAAGUGGACUAUCUUGAUCCCAACUUUUUGAGGAGUGUAAUUGAGACCACAGCUCCUUUAAAACUCCAAAAAGACCUGGUGCUGUUACUGGAGUGUCUCCAUGAGCUGGCUGUGAUGGAUGAGAAACCCCUUCUCUUGUGGUAG